AACCAAGAAUUGGACACCCAACCAACUGAGCCACCCAGGCACCUCCUCUUUCUUUUUUUAAUUCUCAUUUUGCCACUUUUGGAAAUGAGAUGUUCGCAGGAUAGCUCUCAUCCUCAUGGUCUUCGUGAAUUAUGGAGGAGGAAAAUACUGGUACUUCAAACACUCGAGUUGGAAUGGGCUCACGGUGGCCGACCUCGUGUUCCCGUGGUUUGUAUUUAUUAUGGGAUCUUCAAUUUUUCUAUCAAUGACUUCCAUACUGCAGCGAGGAUGUUCAAAAUUCAAAUUGCUGGGGAAAAUUGCGUGGAGGAGUUUCUUGUUAAUCUGUAUAGGAGUGUUCAUUGUGAACCCCAAUUACUGCCUUGGUCCGUUGUCUUGGGACAAGGUGCGGAUCCCAGGUGUGCUCCAGCGGCUGGGGGUGACCUACUUCGUCGUUGCCGGGUUGGAGCUCCUCUUCGCCAAACCUGUGCCUGAAAGCUGUGCCUCGGAGAGAAGCUGCUUUUCCCUUCGAGACAUCGUUUUCAGCUGGCCCCAGUGGCUCUGCAUUCUGACGCUGGAAAGCAUUUGGCUGGGCUUGACGUUCUGCUUGCCUGUCCCUGGGUGUCCUACAGGUUAUCUCGGCCCUGGUGGCAUUGGAGAUUGGGGGAAGUAUCCAAAUUGUACCGGAGGAGCUGCUGGCUACAUUGACCGCUUGCUUCUGGGCGACAACCACAUUUACCAGCAUCCUUCGUCGGCCGUGCUUUAUCACACCGAGGUGGCCUACGACCCAGAGGGAAUCCUAGGGACCAUCAACUCCAUUGUGAUGGCAUUUUUAGGAGUGCAGGCGGGAAAAAUACUCUUGUAUUACAAGGACCAGACCAAAGACAUUCUCAUCAGAUUCACUGCCUGGUGUUGUUUUCUAGGCCUUAUUUCUGUUGCUUUGACGAAAAUUUCUGAAAAUGAAGGCUUUAUUCCAAUAAACAAGAAUCUGUGGUCCAUUUCGUAUGUCACCACACUGAGCUCCUUUGCCUUCUUCAUCCUGCUCGUCCUGUAUCCCAUUGUGGACGUGAAGGGACUGUGGACGGGGACCCCGUUCUUCUACCCAGGAAUGAAUUCUAUCCUGGUGUACGUUGGCCACGAGGUGUUUGAGAGCUACUUCCCCUUCCAGUGGAAGCUCGGGGACAGCCAGUCCCACAAAGAGCAUCUAACUCAGAACAUAGUCGCGUCUGCACUGUGGGUGCUCAUUGCCUACGUUCUCUAUAAAAAGAAGGUGUUUUGGAAGAUCUGACAGCUCCCACCGAGAUGUGUUGCUGGCGGACUCUAGUGGGCCGGGGGACGUGGGGGAAAGCAGCCUUAAUAAAGGCUCUAAUAAGAGGGAACCAUUAAUUACAAAAUUGAUAGGAUGCGUAUUUCUAGAUGAUGGGGAAGAGGCUCAGGGACUCUCGCUGUGACACGGCUGUUCAGCAGAACCCUGCCUGGAUAUUUGGGACUUGUGUAUUUGGAAUGGAGUUGUCUUUUUUCCCUCCAUCUUCUGUGUAAAUGUAUUUAGAACCUUAUCCUGAGGAUUCCUCACGUAACUUUCCAACAGGGAAUUUCCGUAGGCAUUUUUCGUCUGUGACGGAUAAAGCAAUCUAAUGUCUAAUUUGUAUUGACCUUAUUUUCCUGCAAACAUGUCCACGUGCCAACCAAGAAUGCCAAGAAUGUGAGGUGUGGCAGUGUAGCCUAAUAUUUUCUGGUUAAGUGCACUUUUAAUGUUUCAAGAGAGUCCGAGUAAUUUCCUUUUCAGAUCUGCAAGGCAUUGCUGGCUCCCCAAAAUGCCUUUCUCUCAUAAGCCAUUUUCUCCUUUUCUCCACUUGAAAAA